AAAAUUUAACUUAAAAAACUGAAUUUAAAAUAAUGAAAUCAAUUGAUGAUCCAUCCGAAAUGACGUACUUGCUUUCAGAAAUCGCCAAAUGCAGUGUGCCAAAGAGAUACAUUGUAACACUGAUGGCAUUUUUUGGAUUAUUUAAUGCAUAUUGCAUGAGAGUGAAUGUGAGUGUGGCUAUCGUAGCUAUGGUGAAUCACACAGAAAAUGCAAAUGUAAAUAAAAGCAUAUUGGAUACUGAAUGCCCGGGUUUAGUUGACGUGACAUUACCAGUAGAAGAGCCUGUAAAGGGAGAGCGUUACAAUUGGAAUCCUACCCAACAAGGAUUCAUCCUGAGUGCCUUCUUCUAUGGGUAUUUCAUAGCUAUGCUACCUGGUGGAUAUGUCGCCAAAAAGCUUGGCGCCGUCAGAGUAUUUGGCGCCAGUGUACUAUCCACAGCAAUUCUGACUCUACUAACACCACUAGUAGUUAGUUGGGGUCUUGUUCCAUUCCUUGUGCUUCGGUUUCUGGAAGGGAUUGGUGAGGGUGCCUGCUAUCCUUCUGUCAUCGCCAUCAUCAGCAACUGGUCGCCAAAACUGGAAAGAAGUCGAAUAACUUCGAUCAUAUUUACGGGUGCUCCCAUAGGCAAUGUAUUCUCCUUUAUUAUAUCAGGUCUGUUGAGCAGUUCAGAUGUUCUGGGUGGAUGGCCGUCUGUCUUCUACGUAUUUGGUGCCUUGGGCGUAAUUUGGUACAUCAUUUGGGCAUUCCUCAUUUAUGAAACACCCUACACACAUCCAAGUAUUACAGAAGAAGAAAAACUUCUAUUUAAAGGUGAAAUUAGCAUGAGAAAUAAGGAUCUAAAAGUUCCAUGGAAAAGCAUUGCAACUUCUAUUCCAUUCUGGGCUGUGGUGGUGACAAAUUUUGGACACAUGUUCGGAUUCAAUAUUAUGAUAACUGAAAUUCCAACCUAUCUCAAUUCUAUACUUCAUUUCAACAUCAAAUCCAGUGGAAUUUUGGCGUCUUUACCCAAUAUUUCUGAUGCAUUGGGUGCAUGGACUGGAGGUUUCAUAUCAGACAAACUUCGGUCAUCAGAAAAGUUGAAUAUAACCACAAUACGUAAAGUAUGUAAUUCAAUAGCUGGAUUUGUUCCCACAAUCUGCAUGGUGGCCAUAGCUUUUUCUGGCUGUCAUUCUGUCGUCAUCAUAUUUUUGCUUACUUUCGGACUAUUUCUGAAUGGAUUUAAAUAUGCAGGAUACACAGCAACAGCAGUUGACAUGACACCUGAUUUUGCAGGUGUAAUAUAUGGAUUGACUAAUGGAAUAGGAAACCUGUCAGGCGUUAUAGCACCCACUAUGGUUGGAGCUAUCAUUUCAAAUGGGGUUACCAUAGCAAACUGGAGUAGAGUCUUCUGUAUCACAGCAGGAGUUUAUUUUUUCACAACAGCAUUCUUUGCUGUGUUUGCCUCUUCUGAGUUGCAGCCCUGGGGAAAAGCAGAACCAGAAAAUCCAAAGGAAGAGAAAAGUUGAUGUUAAAGACCAAAAUUAACUUGAAAUUGAUAUUAAAAGGCUUAUAAAUUUCAACCUUUGGAAAAUUCUGAAUGUUCAAAAAUAGUUUGAGAACUUGUUAAAACAAAUUCACACCUUCAUUACUGCAAAAAAAAAAUUAUAAUAACUAACUUCUCUAUCAAAGCAAAGGGGGGAUUUACUUCUUAAAAAGGAAAGAAAGAAUACACUUCUCCACUAAAGCAAGAAAAAAAGGAAUACACUUCUCCUUUAAAGCAAGAAAAAAGAAUACGUUCUCCAUUGAAGCAAAGCAAACAAAUACAUAUGUAUCUAUUAAAACAAGAAUAAAAGAACACCAUGAAAAGAACACUAUGAAUUUCACCAUGAAACAAAAAUAAAAGAAUGUACUUUUCUAUCGAAGCAAAAAAAAAAAAAAACAUUUUGACGAAAGGAUAAAAGAAUACACUUUUCUAUUAAAGGAAGUAAAAAAUUACAUUUCCACAUUAAUGCAAAAAUAUAUAAUUAAAUACACUUCUCCAUUGAAGAAGGAAAACAGAAUACACCUCUCCGUUAAAGCAAGAAUAAAAUAAUGCUCUUUUUCAUUAAAGGAAUCCCUUCUCCAUUACAGCAAGGGAAAAACGAAUUAUCUUCUCCAUUUUGUAUCUAAUAAGAAAAAGUAUUCUGCAGGGUAUUUCGUAAUGACUACCUUGAAUAUAUAUCUUUAGAAUCCUUGUUAAAAAUGUCACUAUUUAGGAAAAAAAACUGCAAAACAUCAAAACUCGUUAUGUCACCAUAUGAAAUAAAGACCUUUAAACCAUAAGGCACUAAAACUUGCUCCAUUGCAUUUGAAAACAGAAAUAUGUUUAAAGACCUUCAUUUCGUCUAACAACUUAAAUAGUUUGGAUAUAUUUAGUUCCCCUGUUUCUCAACAGUAGUUAGUUUUAUUUCGGCAGUAUUUUUGUAUCUUCCUCAAUUAAAUAUUAUUUAGCAACAACUAACGCGUAUAUAUUUUUGACAGAGAUUCAAAAACAUAUAUAUUGAAGAUCAGGAUCACAAAAUAUUCUGCACCUCUAUGUGUGCAGAAAAUAUCUGGUAAUUUACAAAGAACAUUCUUAAUAUAUUGCACUAAUUGAAAGAAGAAGAAAAAACGUUGCCUGUACAUUAGUUGAUUGAACGCGAAUUCAGAUACAUGGUUUGAAAAAUAUUGAAGUUACAUUACUUUGCUGUACACAGAAUAUAAGAACUGCUUCAGAACAAGUGCAAAAUAGUGUGACGUUAUUAAAGCCUUGGAAAAUCCAGUUUUAACAGACGAACAUGGAAGAAAUGACGUAAGACUCAUCAAGAUAAUAACAAUUUAGUUUUUAUUUGUUUGUUGUCAUAACUAAUUAAUAAAAACUGAAAUGAUUAACCCUCA